AUAUAUUUCCACUUCGCGUCUCCCAUCUUUACAUCUUCGCCAUACACACAGUCUUCCGCACUAAUGCAAACAAACACCAUCUGCUUUACAAAAAGCAGUCAUGUCAGCAGCUAUGCCUGCUUCCUGGGGUCUUUUCCAAGUCCCAGAAGUGUCGCAAGCUGAAAUCCAUUCCUUUCACGACGCGCAUUUCUCCAACGCAUCAAUAGAGCUUUUCAAUGCUCAAUUUUUGCAACCAGAUUAUUCACCAUAUGAUGAUAACUGCUACGAAGAAGACGAGGAAUAUUAUGAAGAGGAAGAAGAUGACAACCUCGGGUACUAUCCCGAUGGUGUCAAACGAACUCUUACCGACGAGCAAAUCGCCAUUUUUCGGCAUUCCGAACUCGAGGCUCUGAAACGCGCCGAAGGCAAAUCUACAAAUAUUAGGCAAGACUCGGCAGUAUCAACACACGCAGUCAAUGAUGUAGGCGUUGCUGGGUCUGGCACAGACCAUACAGACCCGGUAGCCACAUCUGCGUCCGUAGACCAGGGCGAGAUCUGUGAGGUCAAGGGAACAAAGGAGGAAGGGGAGCUGGAAGCUGGAAGCGAAGACGGAGAAAUCGAAACACAGCUCACGAAAGCGGAAGCCAGACGUCUCAAGAAGCAGCGCUCGAAGCGCAGAAAGAUGGAACAGCGAAAGUUCAACCCUGAGAAAAAGCCAGACUUGCGAAAGAGGACGUGGGAUGUAGUUGAGGCUGGUAUGGACAGCUUGGAUUACGACGACCUCGAGACAGGCCAAGGCUCAGCGGUUACUCACACGGCUCAGAGAAGACGAAUUUCAUACGACGACUGAAGACCGUAUCUACCCAGGUACUUGCUCAUUAUUAACAAGGAUGUUAAACAUUGACUUCCGAGAGGAGAGGAAACACGUGUAUACAUAGCGUCUCGCCAGGUUCGUACUCUAUCCUUUGUCUCUCUGCCUGUCCUGUUUCGUGAUGAGAACCUUUGUAUCGUCAUCCUUAGUCGGAAGUUCCGCUGAAACCAUUUGAAGUUGGCUUUUAGCUGAUGGAUAGCUGGUUUCUAUAACGGAUGCAUGUCGAAAUUUUUAAUCUUCUCUCUGAAAGCAUCGUAUUGAUCCUAUUUUACUUUUUUACUGGUAUCAUAGGUAUAGAUAGCUAAUGAAGUACUUCAUAGGAUUGGACCCAUAAAGCAAGGAUUCGAAUGAUAGGUAGAAGAUGGAUGCACAGCAUGGGCGCCACCAGCUCCAGUGAAUACAAUUGUUCGGAAGGUUGGCACAAAGAGAUCCAUGUAGGAAUUUAUCAAACAAAAUAAUAAGAACAAUAAACUGUGAAAACAUUGAAAGACCCUUGCUAUUGAGGAUAUGAUGGCACCUAGGUACAAUGUAGGUUACAUAGUGACUACAUAUGUAUGUCGUUGUAAAUUGUUACCACCCGCUUUCGUCAAGCCUUCACUGGGCAUGCAACUUGGUCAUUGAUGUUCUGCCUACCUGCUCAGGUACCUAGGUUAGAUAGGUUAGAUAGUUAGAUAGGUAUGGUUUAAGAUGAUAUAUGAUGAUAAAUGAG